CUUGCGAGUACAUUGUUCAACACAAUUUACCAGAUGACUUCGUCGUCGAUACCGUUCACAAAACUCUCAUCUCUUCCGUCAUAUAGCAAGACAUCACCGUCACGGCUGCAAGCGCUCUACGCUGAUAUCUCCCGACAAAAGACUUCGAACCCGACCGCCUUCCAGUCUAAUGUUUCUUGGUGGCGUGCUACUCUCGACGCCAUAGUCUCCAAUGGCUGGCAGUCUUCUACUCCAGAUAAACUUGUCUUGAAAGCAGACCGGAGCUUGCCUGAGUCCUUGCGAUACGAGGGCACGGGGAAACCGCUUUGUCUCGCUACCGUCGUCGCUGAGCUAUCAGAAAGCCGCACGCUGAUUCCUCUAUCCCAAUUUCUCUCUUCACCCAAAUCCAUAUACGACCCCGGUUGGCUCCCAUACCGCAUCGCCUCCUACCUCGUCGGCAAACCUCUCUGGUGGACACUCCAGCAACUCAAUAUUGUCGGAUCCGACGAAGCGGGCCAUGAGAGUGAUACGCAAAGGUGGAAAAAGGUCACUGGCGAGUACGUGUUUGUUGAUCUUGUUGAGCGAGCCGCGGAGAAUGUGCUGGCGAAGCAGGAUGGACGGACGGGCGUCAGUUUGGCGGAGAGUUUGUACAGCUUCGAGGGGUUCAAGGAGGAGUUCGGAAGUAUGGCGUUACCGGGCGUCACGCUUUCGGAUACAGACGUGAAGGUGUUAGUGAAAUAUCUGCAGAGGGAUAAGAGGGUGCUCAUCGCGGACAAAGAGGUUGUCAAGUUCGUCGACCUGGGCGCCACUGCAGAGCCACCAGAAAUUUCAGCCGUGGAUCGAGGCGUGCUUGAGCUGAAGAAUGCGGUGGCGAACCUAGACGCCCAAAUCGCCAACAUCCAGUCCAAGAUUGACGGAUGUACCGAAAAAGCAACAGCAGCGUUACGCCAGAAGCGGAAGGAGCUUGCGCUGAGCUAUGUGCGGUCGAGGAAACAGCUCGAGGACGUGUUGAAGCGUCGCCUUGGGUCACUGGAGACGUUACAGUCAACACUUUUACGCGUCGAGGCCGCGGCAGGUGACAUCGAGAUAAUGAAAUCCUACGAAACCUCGGCCUCCACACUACGGUCUAUCCUCGCCCACCCCUCCCUGCAACGCGACUCCGUCGAUAACGCGCUCGACGCGCUUUCUGCAGCUACGGCUGACGCGCGUGAAGUCGAUGACGCUAUCAGGUUGGGCGGGGAGAUGGCGGUUGCGGAGGCUGGUUACGAGGUUGGCGAGGAGGAGUUGGAGGCGGAGCUGAAGGCUUUAGUGGAGGAAGGGGAGAAGGAGAAGAUGGAGAGGGUGGAGACAGAGAAGGUUAUGGAGAAGCAGAGGGAGAGGGAGAAGGAAGUGGAGAAGGACAAGACUGUGGCGGAUGAGGGGGAGAAGGUUCACGAGAAGGAGGUGCGGGUACCUGUGGCUGCUUAGAGUAUGGGUUCUCGGUGCUAAGGCCUGACGAUCGCAGUAGUACUAGAUAGGUCAGUGCUAAGGGUGUCGACUUGAUGACCUUUCCAUUCUCUCUUCUGUGCAUAGUAAUUACCAUUGUA